AUGUUGAAACAUCUGAAAUCUCUCAAAAUUAGUGAUUGCCAGCAUCUUGAAGAGUUGCCGGAGAAUCUUGGUUUGUUAGAAAAUUUAAUGGAGUUGAGUUUAUCGACUGCAAGUAUUCGGCGUCUUCCUGAUAGUGUUUGUAUGUUGAAACAUCUGAAAUCUCUCAAACUUGGAGAUUGCCAACAUCUUGAAGAGUUACCGGAGAACCUUGGCUGGCUAGGAAAUUUAGAGGAGCUGAUGUUCAUGUCUAUAAGUAUUAGACGUCUUCCAGAUAGCAUUUGCAUGCUAAGCCAUUUGAAAUCUCUACACCUUGACUCUUGUGGACGCCUCGAGAAGUUACCCGAGGAUAUUGGGCAAUUAGAGAGUUUAGAGAUGCUAAACCUCGGACAGUGUGAAUCUUUACAGGAUAUUCCAAACAGCAUCUGUAACAUGAAAUCUUUGAAUCAUCUCUAUCUCCGCGAAUGUAGACAAGUUGAGAAAUUGCCAGAGGAUUUGGGAAACCUAAAGCUUUUACAAGGGUUAAAUAUAGCGUUUACAGGAAUAAGUCAUCUUCCACAUAGUAUUUCCUCGAUGAAUGGUCUACUUGUUUUCGGAUCCAUAUCACUUCUUCAGUCUUGUGCUUUUGCAACCGAGAUAUAUACCCAUGAAGUACUUGGACCCCACUGCCGCAUACAAGCCAUGGAUAGCACAUUGGCACGCACAGAAUUAAGGAGCCAGUCCGAACAGAAGUAUCUUACCAGGGAGGGCAAGGAAAUAUUAAUUGAAGAUGGUGAUGAGGGUACACCAGGAGGAGAAUCUUCAAAGUAUCUGCAGAACCAAGAACUCAUCAGAUUCUUGGAGAACUUCAUGUCUGCAGCAGAACCAGAAGAUUUCGAAAAUAUGCUCCAAGUGAUCACCUCCUUUCAAGGUGACAACAAUGAUUCUUCAGAAAUGAGUGAAAAGGAAACUGACAUGAUAAUUAUGAUGCUAAAAGAAGAGCUCCAAAAGAGGUCUAAAAUAGCAUCAUCUUUCAACACCCAAAAUCCAAUGGAAACAAAUACGAGUAAUAUUCCACAAGGUCAACAAAGCCAAUUGACUUAUCCAGACAUGCGUGAGAUGACACCUGACAUCAAACUCUCUCAGGAGGAUGCAGAAAGAGCCCAACAAGUCAUGUCCUCUUUGUCACCAGAGACCAUCGAUACACUGAUAAAGUUGGCUGAUCGAAUAAAAACAGCAUGUGAAGGUGCUGUAAAAACCAAAAAUUGGCUUCUUGGGAGGCAGGGAUUUGUUAUGGUUGUAUGUAUCCUUCUUUUUGCAAUCUUUCUCCAUUUGCUUGGAUUCAUUGGCAAUUAGAAACAAAAAAUGUAAAAACAGUCUGGAAAUGUUGCGUGGGAGAAAUGUUGUAAUGGAGGCUAAUGCAUGGGUAAACACUUUUUUUAUUCCUAAUUCUUUGUUCAGUAAAUUUAUUUAUUGUCCCAAAUGAUUACGUUUGGAGGAGUCAAGCAUGUAAGGAGUUGCUGCAAGAAAAGUAAUUUUAAAGGUGAAAGUAAAUUUACUAAACCAUCUGUAACUUUAAUCAAAUGAUUCUCUGGAUUAUGAUUUCUUGGAAGUUGAAAUAAUCUCUUUGGAAAGACAUGUUGAAAUAAGAUACCCUUUUAGACAAUCAACAACCAGAAUGUAUAUGGUAACUUAAUAGCUUAUCGUAACAAAAACAACAUGAACAUGUUUUACACAAUGUGCCAAUGUGGG